ACUUCAAUAGUCCAGUCUUUUAGUCUCGAAUAUUUACAUGACAUUCAUAAAAAAAUGUGUAAUUCGGUGAACAUUUUUGUACGUCGAUCCAAAAAUAUGUCAAGCAGUGUGUUUGUCUACUGCGAGGCAGUGCGCAUGUCAAGUUGAAAAUUGCAAAUGGCGGCCGUUGUUAUUGUUCGUACCGAAUUAACUAUUUGUAAAUUAUAUACUAAUCUUUUAAGGGAUUUUUCUAAUGAACUGGUGUACUGAAAUGAUGCUUUAACUUAUUUUAAUUCGGUACGAUAAGUUUUAAGUACGAUUUUAAGUGUUUUGUGUGUUUUUUUCGCAUUUUAUGUGUGUCAUUGCAAAUGGGGUAAGCUGGAAUUAUCGGAUGUCGCUUAGGUUGUUUUGAAUAGUUACAACAAGAAAAUGGAGUGACCUUAUGUGUUGAAUCAGACAGUGCACAAAUAUUUUCACCAAUCGCCCUACGUUUAAAGCCUUCGAAAACACGAGGGAGAUCAUAAUUUACAAAUGUUCCAUGCUGUGACUGCACUCCCCGUACAUUUCAAAAUGGCUGCUCUUGACGAUAUAUGAGCUUUGCGUCACUGGAACAUAAAUCAGUGGAUUCGAUUCAUGAAGAAAUCGUUGUGUUUAAGUCGCAAGGCGCUAGUGAAAAAUAGGAAUUGGAAGGAGAACACGAUCCCGGGGGAAGUCGGACCGGGACAAUAGUGGUGUGUCAUAUGUUUUCAGAGUGGACAGUGGUCAUAGGACCGAGAUUGCUUUGCGUCCGUGCCGGACUGUGAUGUUGCGUUUGAUAUCCAAGGAUGGUUCUAAUCAAGAGGGAUUAAUGAUACUAGUGUGUAAUUGAUCGGAAUGUGACAUCGUAUGAGAGUAUGGCAGCGGACAGCGACGGGCCAGGAUCGGCGGGCGGCGGCUGGUGCGGCGUGGUGGUGACUUGCGAGGGCGACCUGCGCGACCCUCGCUUCCCGACGCGCCUACGCCGUCUCCUGCGCGACCUGCGCACGCUGCUCGCCGACCCGCACCCACAGCACCUCAAAGUUAACAAGGUGGAGCCAUGGAACUCGGUUCGCGUCACACUGUCGGUGCCACGAGCGGCCGCGGCUCGGCUCCGGGCGCUGGCGAUGGGAGGAGCCCCCCAGCUGAGGGCGCUCGGAAUCCUCUCCGUGCAGCUUGACGGCGACGCUGCCGUCUCGUUGCGGCUGCAGCACGGGGCCGAGCUGACCAUAAGCGCCGACGGUGAUGACGCGAGCUCAUCAAGAUCGCAAUCGAACGUGGAGUUGUUAGCUGGCUUAGAGGGGAUAGGCCGGCUGAUGGAGGGGGCCGACGGAGCGUCCACCUCGGCUGACGCCACUCCUUCAUCUUCCACUCAGAACAGGGACAACUUCAAAUCCCCCAACACUGUCUGUCCAAUGGAUGGGAAGAUACCGCAGAACAUUCCCACGCCGACCACAGACAGAUGUGAAUUCCCCUUCGGCAGUAUGACUCAAGCGAGAGUGAUACACCGGAAAGAAAAUACUUUAGGUUUAGGUGGUUCAUCAAGUAGCAUAAGGCCGUCUUCUGAUGCCAUGUUCGCGAGGCCGUCGACAUCAUCGUUCACAGGGCCGCCCCCGCCCUACCCCGCGCCGCCCCCUCCGGCGCCUCCCUCCACGCCUACGCCCCCCACUGUCGCGAUGUCUUCGCCUCUUCUCGUAAACUUAUUGCAGAACGACGCGCCCACCCCUCAACCUAGACCCAAACCUCCGCAGCACCCCGCUAAACUAGAUCGGCUUGAAGACGGACAGGUGGAAUUAGCUGUCGGUCGUGCGCCUUUUGAGUACCGCGGGCCCCGCACCCCGGCACCGCUCCGCAUGCCGCCCUCCCCGGCGCCUUCUUCGCCGUCCCCGGCCCCGUCCCCGACACCACGUCCGGCCCCUAGGCCCGCACCUUACAUCCGGCGAGCCUUUGCCCCGGCAAGGCCCAGUCUUCCGCCGCCACCUCCCACUGUGACGUAUCGUACAGUGCCAGCGCCGAAUGCAACGGUCGUGUCCCGGACUCGAUUUCAGCCGGGCACGUACUCGACCGAGUCGUUUGGUCCUCCGCCCCCGUAUGGCGGCCGGCAAGCGACGCCACGACCCCCGCCGCCUCGUGCUGCCCCGCCCCCGACACCGCCGCCACAGUCUUCGAGGGUCACUCCCGAAGACCUGCAAGCUCUACUGCCUCCGCCCACCACAUCUAUGGAUCAAAAGACUCAGUCCAGUUUUCAGGAAUUCCAGAGGUAUCAACAGCAGUACAUCGCUCUGCAGAGAGCAAAUUCUCGUAGCGCGGCCGGCUCCACAACGAGCGGGUCGGAGUGGGGUGAACCGUACCGAGACUCGCUCUCAGGGCUGCAGCUACCAGAGCUACCCGACACGGAUCUGGAUCAGUUGCUGCCGACGUUGGGUGCCGAUCUGAACUUGGAUGAUCCCGCAUUAUCGGCGAUCUCGGACUUGGACGCGGCCGGCAAGCUCGACCUGCUGUACGACGGCGGUGCUGCUCCUACGCCCGACUCGCUGCUUCACGAGAUCACUGGGCAGUUUCCACCCCAGGUCAACGGACCCUACUCAGAACCCCCUACGUCCUCCGCAAGUGAAGUGCCUUCUAAAUCAGAAUCUUUCGACAGUGAAACGACUUUUAUGCCACCCCCUCCUGUGCCGCAAACGUCUAAAUAUCAAACAAAUCAUCACCCCCCUUUCAAAUCACCGCCGACCUCGUACGCGUCGCCCGUGUCGUGUAACUCUGAAUUGGUGCGGACGGUGUCGAGUCAAGCGAAUUCGAAUCACGGGCAGAUGAGUCAAAAUCAGCAUCCAACGAAUCAAAUGUCGCCUGGUCACACGUCGAUGCCGCCGCCGAUGCGGUUGCCGAUGAGGACGACGUCGGUGAGCACCGCGACGGUCGGCUCGCAGGCCACCGCGCAGGAGAUCGAAGAACAAAACAAGCAGUACCUGAUCAAAACGCUCAUGCGAGACGACGACUCGCCUCCUCCAGCGCCGCCACCUCCACCUCCGUCUGAGCCCGAGAAAAAAGUCGACGAGAUCACUGUCGUGCAGUGUAAAAUCAAAGAAAACUCUACAGAUACGAUCCCGGAAAUAUUUGGUAUCGCGAAGUCGAUACCCGAAGAUGACGGGAAGAAGGAUGAUGAAGCGAGAAAAAAUAAGUUGACGAAAAAGGAUCGUGAUGAGAAACUAGUCGCUCAAAAGGGCGGGAAGCCUCGCGUCACAGGGGCGAAAGAGAAACCCGCCAUCUUGAAGGAUAAAAUAAUCCGCGACGUUAAGUCCACCAAAGUUGCCUUACCUAGGCCCGCGCUCACGAAGCCCGCCACCCCCACCAGCGACGCGCCCAAGUCGCCGCCCGGAGAGAAGGAGUCCAUCAAGCUCAGGCUUACGAAGACGAAGCUCGACAAGAACGAGCCUGUCGUCCAACCGGUCUACAAGGCGGACGUCAGCUUCGUCAAUCAACAGAAGGGCGAGAAGUCUGACGGUGAGCUCAGAGUGCCGCCGCUGCAUAUAAGCCUAAAGGGAAGAAAUUCUGCUGUCAUAAAGAACUCCAAAAAGGAGAAAAAGAAAUUCAGUCCGGGCGAUUUGCACACAAAGAAAGUUAAAAUCAAGAAAGCGCUAGAAGACGAAAAAGCGCACAGGCGGGAGUCGGACGAGUGCAUCGCUUCGAAGUCUGGCGAUGGUGCCGAAAACAAGACUGAUGAGUAUUUAAACGCGAAAGGCAUUAAGCUUAACAACCACUACGACGGCGACGCGGUCAAAACCGAAAUAACGGGGGACAAUAACGUCGUGUACCGAAUGAAGACUAUAUCGAAGAACGCUCACAUAGUCACCAAGUCCCACGACUACAAACUCAACAACAAGGUCCAGAUGAUGGACUUGAAAGUUAAAAAGAAAUUCAAAAUACUCAGCGAGGAUAAAACAGAAAAAGACAAAGAUUGGCGGAACAACUUAUUAGAGAAAGAAGGGAAGUAUGCACAGAAUGAGGGUUACAGAGAGACUCCUAACAAUCAUGAAGUAAAAAAGAAGUUACCCAGCGGGAAGGAUGGUGUCAAAUGUGAUAGGUCCAGUGACGGGAAGACGGUGCAAUCGGACGCAGAAUGUGAGAAAGGUGCUAGUGACAAGUGUAAAGUGGAAUGGACGCUAAUCGAGGGUGAGAACAGGACUUCUGAAAGUGACAAUAAGUUAAAAAGGACACUAACCGAAAGUGCAAUUACCUCUCCUAAUGGACUCCUUACUUCUGAGAAGAAGAGGAAAACCAGUCAUAGUUCCUUAUCAGAUCCGCCGGGCUCCACCAACACGGGCACCGUCAGCGCUGGCUCUUCUCCCGGCGGCUCCUCCCCGCGGCGCAGGGAGCGGCCCAAGGACAAGUCCUACUGCAAGCUCGUCGCCGAGCGAGCUGCCGACAAACUGUCCGCGCGCUCGCCUUCCUCGCAGGCCCAGGGGGAGGAUUCGGGGAUCGAGUCCAUGGACGCGCUCUCGGAGAAGUCCCCCAACCAGGCCAGCCAAUCCCCGCCCGGACCCCAGCGCAAGGAACACCUCGACAUGCCGCGCUCCACCAGCCCCGCCUCCGUGCAGAGGAUCAUCGGCGUCAUCGAGCCCGCGCCCGCAGCGGACGACCUGCUCGUGCCGCUCUACGACCCGGGGGACAUCGAGGCCGAGCUCGCCAAGAUGCACGCCGGGCGAGUUAACGGCGACCGGCCGCUGCAACAUGAACACACCAAAGAACGGGAACCGACGCCCAUCCUGAGGGAAAGAGACGAACCCUCCGCCUCCGACGAACCGCACUCGAAACCCGAACUCGACGGCGGCGGGGACACCAACACUCCCUCCUCUGUCCCCGACGACCCGGGCGGUGCCAAGAAGGAGCCAGACUUCGAUCCGCUGCCCAGUAGAAUGUCGCCGCCCCUUUAUACGUAUUCGAAUCAAGAAAAAGGUGAUCCAGAAUCUAACGUCAAGGACGAGAAACCUGGAACCGAAAGUCGCGAGACGAGGCCCGGGGGCGAUGAAAAACGGGAGACGAAAAUCGAAAGGCUACCAUUGAAAGCUGACUUUCCCGAUAAGAGUUUGCUGGAGCAGUUGCUGAUAGAGAUUCCGACUCCGGACUAUGUCGGGAAGAGGCCCGAGUCGCCAUCUCCGUCGGCACUCGAGCGCGUGGCGAGAACCAGCGUCCGCACCCGCGCCAGCAGCAAGCUCAACAGCCCCGCCGAGCCGCGCCUCUCGCCCGUCAGAACCAAGGCGGAUCGAGCUGACUCCCCCGCCCUGCAGCCGAGGAACUGUCUGCGCGCCGUCGCCGACGACAAGAUCAGUCCGCGCAACGCCGCCCCCGCACCCCGGCCCCCGGCCCCCGUCGCGCCCGUCGUCAAGCGGAAGCGCCGCGAGUCGGAAAGUUCCGGUGCCUCCACCCUCAGUUGCGAGGAGGGCCUCUCGCCCGCCGCUCGACCGAAAAAGAAACCGCGCCGAACUGAUUUAAAACCGGUCAAUCCGACGGGAGCGCCCCUCAAAACCAAGAAGGAUUCGGACAGCGACAGCGACGAGCCUCUAAUUUGUAAAGUGCGAGGGAAACCGACGAAGGGGGUGAGGAGCGCGGGGCGCGGGGGAGCGAAAGCUGCCGAGGGUAUCAGCACGCGGCGCUCUGUGAGGCAGGGCAUGACCGCGCCGGCCGCCCCCGCCCCGGCCCCCGCGCCCGCCGCGCUGCCCGCGUCCGCCCCCGCCGCCCCGCCCGCCGCGGCGCCGGCUCCAGCCCCCCCUGUACCCGCUCCCGUCAGAAGAAAAACCAGAAGUGCCGCCGAACGUGCCAAUGGAGUCAUCUUCUAAACUCGAACACCAACUUGUUGUUCAGCGGGCGAAGGCCUGGCGGGCGCGGUGCGGCGGCGGCGCCUGUCCCGGGACGGCAAGUGACGGCGGUCGGGCGCGGAGCCCGGGCCCUCCCCGCCGCGCCUGAUGCUGUGUCCGCUGCUGGACUGACGCUGGACCGUCCGCUAACAGUACACUAUACACGCAAAUCACACAGGUAUAUAUCGACGCUUGAAAGGCAAACGUGACUAAGCGACAAUACGUGAACUUUACAGUAGACUAAUUUAAAGUUGAAAUACCUGAAAAAAAUCUAUUUUAACGAAUCUAGCUGUAGGAUUGAAAUGAUUUUAAUAGACCUAGAAAUAUAUUUUUAUUUACGCAUCGAAUAUGGUUAUUGCCUAUCAUUUAUGUACAAAGCAGUUAUUGUCGCUUAGUCACGUUUGCCUUUCAAGCUUUGAUACCUAUUCACCAGAAUUGUAAUGUCCCACUUUACUACCAGCAGACGAAUCAUAGAAGUGUUUAUACGAAUUUGCGACAUUUUUAAAGUUUAAAUAGAAAUUCAAAUCGCUGCUUUUGUAAUCAAAAUAUUCAAAUUUGACCAAUAAAAAAAAAUUUGAUUUUGCUGACCGUCAUGGAUAAUCUCAGAUUUGAAUUAUCUCGUUUGAACCAACUGGAAUAAGAUACAAGAGAGAUAUUAGUUGUUAUGCUGAAGAUCUAUAGAAUAAAAACUCUGGCGUGUCUACAUAAUUGCUGACGGACUUAUUAAAAAUUUAACUCGAAUGAAAAUGCUAUAUGAUUCGUACGUUGUAAAAAAGUCCAUUGUAAAACAAUAACGGAAACAUUAUUUUAAUCGAUUUUAAUUGAUUCGAGUCACAAUGGCUUUGAAUACGAAAUGCUGCUGACGUGAAUGUGAAUAAUUUUUAUGAAAUAUAUUUUUUAUUUAGUGAACAAAUCAUGUUACCAUUCACUAUAAAAGCACUUGACGAGUUUUACUUUAUUAAAUGUAAGUUAAUUUUAAAUGAAUGCGUCUGAAUUUACCGCUGAGUGAACUAUCGGUUGACUUGCCGUGGCUCCGGUCAAGAGGAUGUCAUAUCACAUUUAAAAAAAAAACUAAAAAAAAAACUUGUUUUCCCGAUUAAGUGACCGCUAAUCUUGGGAAGUCGAUCGUGCUACAUUCUCAGCGGGAAGCCUUAGAUUACUAGUGAUUAGUUUUAUAUCAUUGUACAAAGAGAAGGCACUCGAUAUGAUAGGCACAUUGUUAAAAAUACCGGAGAUUUAUAUAAAAUAAAAUAAAUCGCAGUAAUAAAAAAAAAAUUAAAGAUAUUUUCAUACGUUUUUGCACGUAAUUAAUUCGUGACGUUCUCAACGUUGCAUAAGCGCAGUGUAGUUAAAUAAAUUUUGCGGUUUCGACGGGAAUACGAUGUUUAUGAUUUUAUGAACUACCCAGAUAUGAAUAGACAAAUACCAAAAGUGAAGGAGUUUGUUAAAAAAAAAAAAACAUUGGGUUAUAGAAAAAAAAACAUGGCGUCUUCCCGCCCAAACUUGACAGCUGUUAUGAUUAGCGUUAAAUAAGGAUAAUUCACGACCAAUAAAUGUAAUUUUUAGAGUGUGUGAAACUUCGAAAAUUUCUUAGUGAAAUGAUAAUAAUCGCGACUGAAUGUUUCAUCAGCUUAUCCGUUCGGGCUUCCAGUAAAACUAACAUUUUUGUUUUUCUUCGAUAUUUAUGUACGCCCUCGUAUUUUUUUUUCCUCACCUUUUUCUAACCAAUCAAAUCAUUGAUCCAGUGACUUUUUAUAAAUUAACUUAAAUACGUUUUUUUUUGUCUGUGCACUGUAAAUAAAUGAUCGAAUUUCUGAAACCAAUUUUAGUUAGAAGCUAGUAUUUACUAUCGAAAUCACAAUUUUUAUUAAUAAUUAUUAACAUUAGUGUGUUGAAUGCAAUCUUCUGUUAUUGACAUGUUUUUGACAAUUUUUUUUUGUUUCUUUUCGGAUUGGACACGUGUCCUUCAAUCAGUUUUUUGAUAAAAUACUAUGAGUUUGCAAGUUUUUAGGCGGACAUUUUUUUUUUGUUGUUCCUAGUCGCAUAGGGAGAACUCUAAAGCAAUAAUAAUGGAUGUGAAGAUUACAUGCUUUUUGUAUAGCACUUUUUUGGACAGCUUUUACAAGGAUCAUUAACUUAAAUCGCAAUCAUUUGAAUAAUUUACACCCUUUUAAAUAAUAUAUUUUCGAAUACCCUACUUCUAUAGGAUAGCGGGGAGAUGCCUAUGUGCGUAACAAGAAAAAAAAAAUCAUUUGAUGAUUUUAAAAUGUGUUCAAAGGCCUAGUUGAUAAUGUAUCAAUUCGGUUUUAGAGCUAUCAAUCGUGGCUGUGCAUACACAGAGGCAACUCCUCGACUAUUUAUACUAGUACAUUGAAAGUUAGGUGAUACAGUGAUAGUCUUAAACGUUAGUAUGUAUUUACGUAGCGUAUAGAAAGUGUAAUGAGAAUAUUUUUAAUGUUAGUAAAUGAAUUAUUGCCUGAUAUAUUGUGCCCUAUGUAACAUGUGUGCCGUGGAUGCGUGAGGUGUGAGGCGGGACAGGCGGUGGGUUCAUUGACAUUUGUUUUUCAAAUACAAAUAUAAAUAUACAUUAUAUAUAUAUAUAUUUUUUUUUUUCAUUUAAAUUAUUUAAAAAAAUAUCAGUUCGUCCUGUAUAAAUCCUUUUGUAAAUUUUUAUGUAUAGACGGGAGGAUAUUAAUAUAAUGUGUUACGCUUUUGAUGUAAAUGGUUUUUUUUUUUUCUUCGAUUGUCUAUGUACGUAGUGUUGUAUAUAAUGGGCUAGUGAUCGUGUCCCGCACGGAUGGACUAUUAUAGUAAUGCAAAAAGCCUUAAUACUGUAAUAUAUAUAGUGAAGAGUUGAAUUUGUACCAUAUAAUUGUAACUAGGAACUCUCAACCAGCUGUGUAUAUUGGGUGUAAAGUUAUCAGUUUUGUAAUUGUUUUUGUUUUCUUUUUUUUUUUUUUUCUUUCAACCUAACUAUAGUAAUUUAUGCCCGAUAAAAUUUAUAUAUAUAUAUAAAUACGUUUACGAUAGAAAUAUGGAGAGACGAGAAAUACAAAUAGUUUUUAAACGAUUAUAAAUAUAGCGAAUAGGGGACAAAUAAAAUAAUAAUAAUAAUAAUAAAAAAAUGAAAACGACAAGAGAAUAUGGCGUUUAUAGUUUUGGUAUGUAAACAUAAUAUAAAAGAAAUAUGUAAAUAGAAUGCAGAAAUAGUGAAUUAAAAAAAAAGAAGAAUUGAAACAAUAAAUAAAUACUUUGUUA